AUGUCAACUAGAACACAGCAAGGUGUUUCUUCACCUGCACCUGAGAAAGAUCUAGGGCCAACGUACCGACCAGCUGCAGAGAAGCCGACUGCCACGGUCUCGAAAGAAGUCCCCUUCGAGAAUGUGCACAUUCUACCUCAGACACCACAACUCAUUGCCCUGCUGACCAUGAUCCGAGACAGGAACACAGAGAGAGGAGACUUUAUCUUCUACUCCAACCGCAUAAUCCGCCUCCUGGUCGAAGAAGGGUUGAAUCACUUACCUGUCGUCGCUCAUAGCGUCACCACACCCGUGGGAAAAGACUACGCCGGAGUCAAAUUCCAGGGUAAGAUCUGCGGCGUGUCCAUCAUGAGGGCAGGAGAAUCAAUGGAGCAAGGCCUGCGCGACUGCUGUCGCUCAGUACGGAUAGGCAAGAUCCUGAUCCAACGCAACGAGUCUACCUGUCAACCACAUCUAUUCUACGAGAAGCUACCAACAGAUAUCGCGGACCGAUGGGUGUUGCUGCUGGAUCCCAUGUUCGCGACAGGCGGCUCGGCAAUGAUGGCCAUUGAAGUGCUGAAAGCGAAAGGUGUACCCGAGGAUCGAAUAUUGUUUCUGAACAUCAUCGCCAGUCCGGAAGGGGUGGGGAACUUUUCGAAGAAAUUUCCAAAGGUUAGGGUCGUCACUUCGUUCAUUGACCAGGGGUUGAAUGAGAAAAACUAUAUCGUGCCAGGGCUCGGCGACUUUGGGGAUCGUUUCUACACACUGUAA